AUGGAUCGAAGAGAGUCUGAAAGAUCUGCAGCAAAGAGAAUUCUCCACGACGCUAUGCGCCAUCUAGAGAGAGCGGAAGAAGGUGAUACUCGGCAAGAGUUUCGCCAAUCUGGAGAGGUUACGAAUCAACACAAUCAUCGAGAAGGCUCCCGCUCUGUUGAAGGCAACCAGAGGGUCAGUCAUCAGUCCAGUUCUAGUGGAAUUACGUCAAUAGCAGUAGAACAGCGGCAUCUUUUUGGACAUGGCGGCAGACCAAGAGGCUGUGGGUCCAGAACUUCGAGAGGUGUAAAGAGAAAGGCGCCAACAAACAGUGAUCAGAGAAAGCCUUAUCAACUGGGACAUCGCAAAGUAUGGACAUUCAGUGUUAUGUGCUUAGCUGACAACCAGCGUGACACACCUCCUUCUCGUGAUCGGAAAUUGGAGCUGCUUGCAGUUGGCUUGGGAGAAAAGAAAGGCACUCUUGGACAGUCAGACGACUACCUCAAGGUGCACAACACACUUCUUGAACAUUUUCCCGCGCUGGAGAGUACUGGGUACGAGGUAAUGAGGUUGACUGCUCGCCGCCAACUGGAAGUUAUUCCAUCUUUGAAUAUGACAGCUAUACAUUUGAAGACAGUCUUCGAUCAAGCCAAGAUGUAUCUCAGACCGAUUGCUAAUAGCAUUGACUUGGAGAGCGCAGACAUGCACGAUAGCACGAGCACAAAGUACAGCCAAUGGCGUUCACAAGAAGGACGAGAAGGACGAGAAGAACAAAAACGCAAGAAACAGGCCAGACUACAGUUAGAAACACGAUCUGAAACUGUACUGCCUGCGUCUGCAGUGGAAGGAAGACCUUCCAUGAGGGAGCGGAGUGUUUCUGUUCAAGAGAUAGAAUCUUCUAAGUCAUACACAGUUAAUAACAGCGCUGAACAGACUGGUCGCAGCGCAUUUUCCAGCCGUACCCGUGUUCCUGGCUCAGGAAGUAGCAGAGAUGAAAGUUGUCAGUCGCCAAUUUCACAACUCAAUUCCAUUUUUCCGGAUCAUUCUACAGAGUUUCUGCAAAGAGCCCUGGACUCAUACGAAAUAAACACUGAAAUGACUGUACAGGCUGUAUUGGAUAAUUUGAUUGAGGCAAACUGCUCAUAAUAUUUGUAUGCGAAAUGAGUUGCAGAAUAUGUUGCUAGUACUGUUGUUUUGAUAACGGUUCUUGAUUGUUGUUGAUGUUCACAUCUAGAGCUUACUACAAGUUACAUUUAUACUAGAGUUCACAUUUAUGUUAUUACUACAAUUACUUCUAUUUUAUUUUGUUACAAUAAUUACUGUCAUUACUGUCA